AAAAAUUUUAUUUUAUGGGUUUGGGAUUUGAUUUUUCUAUGAUUUUGUGUAAAAUUUAAUGGUCUUACCCAUAAGUGGGAGACUCUGCAAAGACUCUCCAAACGCAAAGGGGCUUGCUUGAAGUUUACGUCAGGCACCAGGUAUUUGCCGGAAACGGUUGUAACGCGGUCCAACUACCCUACAGCGCCCCUGAAUAAGGUAAUAAACACGCUUGGCCCGUUUCCUUUGCGUCGCCAUCGGCCAUUUGUUGAUAGCAGUGACAAUGGCGGAAAAGCUUCUUCUUGUUGUUGUUAUGUUACUGCUGGUUUCUUGUCCUCCACCUCUUAUCAAAGCCCAGGCCCUUAAGUCUGCAACUGCCUUUGUGGAGAACGUCAUAUAUGGAAACAAGAUUGCCAUCUUUUCCAAAUCAUACUGCCCUUAUUGUGCACGUGCAAAGCGUGUAUUCAGUGAGCUGAAUGAGAAGCCUUUUGUUGUGGAGCUUGACCUUCGAGAUGAUGGUCAACAGAUUCAGAAUGUUCUUCUUGAAAUAGUGGGUCGACACACAGUUCCCCAAGUUUUCAUCAAUGGCAACCAUAUUGGAGGCUCUGAUGAUACACUUAAGGCUGUUGCAAAUGGGAAGCUGGAGAAGCUGCUUGGCAGAAGUUAAUGCUAAUCCGUGAUGAGUACUGACGAGUCGGGGAGAAAUACUUUGAAUACUUGGUUUUAUAUAGGAAUUAUGUUAAAGUCCAGAGAAGCCGUAAGUUGGCUUGCAGUGACAAUAAAUUCUGUUUUUGGACGGGUUAUUUGAUUAAGUUAAUUAGAGAGCUCCUUCAGUGAUGUCGCUAUCACUGGAGGCAAACAACCCAUUUUGGCUUUUAAAGGCUGAAUUGAGCCUGUGCAAAAAUCCCUCAGGGAAAAUCAGUCUCUCGACAAUGACGAGAAUGCUAUGGUCAAAUUCCCUAGGAUCAUGGCUUCCUGGAAACGGUUUGAGACAAUUGUAAUGACAACGUUAAGAAAGUGAUGCUGAUGGCCUAACAAGUUUACAUGCAUUU